ACGAUCUGAAGCCAUUUUUUGUUUGUCAUGUUUAGUUAACGGGAAUCUUUGUGAAAUCUGUUGUUGCUGGCAUAUAGAGAAAGACUGUGCAACGAGAACGGCAGCAAGUGGCAGUGGAGUUGCCGAGUUUGGAAGAGCUGGAAUAGAGCCUGUUAUUCGACAGGAAAAUGAAGAUCUGGAGGGACAAGGGAACCAGCAAUGGAAAAUGGAGGAAGCUUCUCCAUAUUCACUCCUUGACAUUUGCUUGAACUUCUUGAGUUGUAACCUCAACAAGUUCUGCUGGGUGAGGACAGAUGGAACACUCUGCUUCAAAGACUAUAUAUUUUUUCCACUGGAAGUAGCUGAUCGCUUAUUGUGGAUGAUUGCUCAUCAUGGCCUGCUAAAUGAAGCAACUGUGGGUAUCUUCCGUGGUCAUCACAUGCGCUUGAAACAUGCUUGCAUACGUAAUGCAAAAAUCUCUGCAGAUGCAUUUAAAAAAGCAUUCUGCCAUCACAAACUUGUUGAACUUGAUGCAUCAAAGGCUAAUGCAGACGUUGCUAUUACUGACAUUAUAAAUGGGCUUGCCACAAAUAAAUGGAUCCAGCAAAAUCUCCAGUGUCUUGUACUGAACUCCCUAACCCUUUCUUUGGAGGACCCUUAUGAAAGGUGUUUUAGUCGACUGCAUGGCCUUCGGGCUCUGAGCAUUGCUGGUGUUUCUUUCUACAAUGAAGACCUAGUAGAUGUAACCUCGCUUCCAAAAUUAGAGAAACUGGACAUUUCUGACACAAAUGUUACUGACAUUACACCACUUCUUUCAUGCAAAGACAGGCUUAAAUCUUUAACGAUGUACCACUUAAAGUGUUUAAAGAUGACUACAUCUCAGAUUUUGGAUGUGGUUCGAGAGCUAAAACACUUAACUCAUUUGGAUAUUUCAGACAAUAAACAGUUCACAUCAGAUGUUGCUCUCCGUUUAUUAGUACAGACUGAUAUCUUGCCCAGACUUGUAUCACUGGAUAUUUCUGGUAGAAAGAAAGUAACUGAUGCUGCUGUACUGGCAUUUGUCCAACCACGGCCUGCAAUGCAGUUUGUGGGGUUACUUGCUACAGAUGCUGGGUUUUCUGAACUCCUUUCUGGUCAAGGAAGUCUUAAGGUAUCAGGUGAAGUGAAUGAAACCCAAAUCUCAGAAGCUCUAAGACGCUACAGUGAUCGGUCAUUCUUUGUAAGAGAAGCUCUGUUUCAUCUUUUCAGCCUGACACAUGACAUGGAUAAACCAAAACCUGAAAUUUUAAAGCUCGUAGUGAAUGGCAUGAAAAACCAUCCAAAGCAUUUGCCAGUACAAUUAGCUGCCAGUGCCUGUGUGUUUAACCUUACAAAACAAGAGUUAGCAGCUGGCAUGCCUGUUCGUCUACUGACUCAAGUGACCAAUCUUCUCCUGAAGGCCAUGGAGCACUUUCCUAACCACCAGCAGGUUUGAGGCAGCCAAGUUGGUUAUGCAAUGGCUUUGCAAUCAUGAAGAUCAGAAUAUGCAGAGAAUGGCUGUGGCCAUUAUUUCAAUCCUAGCUGCAAAACUUUCUACUGAGCAGACUGCGCAACUUGGUUCAGAGCUAUUCAUUGUUAAGCAACUUCUUCAUAUAGUCAAACAAAAGACUGAUGAUAGCGUUGUGGAUACUACAUUAAAAUUCACUCUGAGUGCACUCUGGAAUCUCACAGAUGAAUCUCCCACCACUUGUAAGCAUUUUAUUGAAAACCAAGGCUUGGAGCUCUUCAUGAAAGUUUUAGAGUCUUUUCCACUGGAGUCAUCUGUUCAGCAGAAGGUCCUUGGCUUGCUGAACAAUAUUGCAGAAGUCAAAGACCUUCACCCCCAAUUAAUGUCGAAAGAGUUCAUAAAUCACAUCAGCAUUCUUUUGCAUAGCAAAGAAGUGGAAGUCAGUUAUUUUGCUGCUGGGAUAAUUGCUCACCUAGUAUCCCGAGGAGAACAAGCCUGGACACUGGACUAUCAGUUAAGGAAAUCUCUUGUUGAUCAGUUGCAUACUGCCAUUCUUAAUUGGCCAACACCCGAGUGUGAGAUGGUAGCUUAUAGAUCGUUUAAUCCAUUCUUUCCAUUGCUGGAAUGUUUCAGUACUCCAGGUGUACAGCUAUGGGCAGUCUGGGCCAUGCAACAUGUUUGCAGUAAAAAUGCUUCAAGGUACUGCAGCAUGCUGAUUGAAGAAGGUGGCAUGCAGAGGCUACAUAGCAUUCGAGAUAGUCCACAGACUGAUCCAGAUGUUCAGAAAAUUACUGUUGCUAUUCUUGAAAGCUUAGAAAAACAUAUUGUACGUCAUGGGGCAUUGCUUCCUUGUAAAACCCAGAAUUACCCAGAUCAAACUAGUUUUAAGGGCUUCAAUUAAAAAAGAAAACUAAUUUAUCAUUUAAUGUAAAUUUUAUAUGGCAAGACUGUGUGUACCACUAUGUGAAUCCACUGAGAGAUAAAGCACCCAGAUCUUGUUGCUGUACAAACAGUGAUGUGCAUCAGAUGUAGGUAAUAAGGCAAGUAUAGUGCUGGGAUUGUUGGCAGCAUAGAGAUGUACCAUGACAAAGAAGAGUUGGGUUUGAAUAUAUUAAGUCUGCCACAAGUCUAAGACAGAAUUGCUGCCUUAGUAUUGCCUUUGGGGGAAUAUUUACAGUGCUUUUCAUAAAUGGGCUGACAUUGAGAGAACUGAAAAGUGACUUGAGUUUUCUCUGUAAAAUGGAACUUUUGGCAUUUAAAAAAUGCUCCAGUAUCGUAACUGUAGAAUUACAGUAUGUUUUGCACAUUUAAAAUGAUGUAAUUGCCAUUUAUUAAUUGGAAAUCACUGGUGUAAUCUGACAGCUUUAGGAAUGUAUAUGCAUUGUUUUCAACUUUUAAAGAUGGAUUUUAACACUGA